UAAGCGGGCUUGGCGGAGGUGUGUACUCUCGUAGUGCUUCUUGUUAUAAACAGAAGUAACUCAGAACCGAUUGUUAUUUUUUUUUUUAAAGUUGUUUUUUUUUAAGACUUUCUAAACUUGAUCUAAUUAGAAGACACAUACAUAUAUUUUUACAUGUAUAUGUUUUGUUUUUAUUUGGUCUGGGUUUAAUUCCAUCCCAGCUGUGAACCCAUUAUGUUAACCAGGAAGAGGCCAGGUAGGAUUAGGACUGCCCUCUGCGGGAAUGUGAGCUAGUCGGCGUGCUCGGACUGAAGUUAUGACUUUAAUAUGGCUGAUAAAGGUCCGCUUUUAACUUCGUGUAUAAUAUUUUAUCUGUCGAUUGGAGGCGCAAUAUUCCAAAUUUUUGAAGAAGAAAACUGGAAAUCAGCCAGAGACCUGUAUGUUAAAGAAAAGGAGGACAUUCUGAAGAGAUUUAACUUGACUAAAGAGAAUCUGACUGAGAUACUGAAGGUAGUAUCAGAUGCUGCCGGGCAAGGCGUGGCGAUCACCGGGGACAAGGAUCGCAGUCCGUGGGACUGGGGGAGUUCUGCCAUCUUCGCUGCCUCCAUUGUCACCACUAUAGGUUAUGGUAAUAUUGCCCCCAGGACAAAAGGUGGACGUAUUUUCUGCAUCCUUUAUGGUCUGUGUGGGAUCCCUCUGUGUCUGGUAUGGAUAAGUGAGCUGGGUUCAUUCUUUGGAGACCGGGCCAAGCGUCUGUCUGGGGUGAUGAUAGACAAAGGCAUAUCAGUGAAAAAAGUCCAGUAUACCUGUAUAGCCUUGUUCCUUCUAUGGGGGCUGUUGGUGCAUCUGGUGAUUCCGCCGUUUGUUUUCAUGUCCAUGGAAGAAUGGACCUACUUGGAAGGUUUCUACUUCUCUUUCAUCACACUCACAACAGUCGGCUUUGGAGAUUAUGUGGCAGGUGUAAAUCCAGACAUAGAUUACCACCGCCUCUACAUAGUAUGUAAAGAAUUAUGGAUUUACAUGGGCCUAGCUUGGCUGUCCCUGUUCUUCAGCUGGAACGUCCACAUGGUAGUUGACGCUUCCAAAGUACUAAAGAAAAAAUGGCAAAAACGCAGGCACAGAAACUUCUAUCAUGAGGAGCUAGAGUCUUUAGAGGACAAGCCACAUGAAAAUGUAAAGCCCAACGUUAUUGACAUCUUUGGCUUCUUAUCUGAAAAGGAGGAAGACUACAAUACUGUCAUAAAAGAAAUUGGAAUGACAAAACGCAAACCAGCGCCAGCAGACAAAAUGAAUCGCUCAAAGAGCUGCAGUGACCUCCUCGGCACCUCUAUCCACAACUUGGAGCACUCUCCAAGGCGCAGGCGUAUGAUCAGUAUCAGCGAAGUGUUCCUCAAUGUAAAGGCCGAGGGGGACAAUGAUACAAAAGACGAGAAGCUUCCGUUAUUGCAAGAAAGCACGGGGGACCCUGAACCAUGUGAGAAAACUGACGAGGAACAGAAAAAGGACAGCUGUGCUGCUGAUUCAGAAGAUCAUGAUAUCGCCCUCAGUGGACCUGCCAAAAUAGAAGAAGAGGAAACUGUAGAGCAUCCUGAUGGCGGGGAGACUAGGUUUAGGAUUUCCAAGGUGGCUGAAGAAGAGUUGUUGUUGGAAAAUAUUGAGAAAGGGUAAAAGAAUUGUCCAAAGGCGUAUGCUGCUUUAAUGUACC